CUCGCACACUCUCUCGCGACGUCGAAGGUUUCCUUAGCACCGGUUCGUGCCGUCGGCUCCGGCUCGGCUCGUGCACAUACGCCAUGGUCUGUCGUGUCGAAUCGGGCCAGCUUCAUGGUGCCCAGCUGGAUCCGGACGCCCAUUUGUCGGCCUGCAACUCCUCGUCCUCGUCGUCGUCGUCUUCGUCGUCCACGAGGUCUAACCGACCAACACCAGUGAUCCGUUCUCCAUCGGUCUGUCGUCUCGGCUCUGAAACGUGCAGCGUGUCUCGGUGAUCUGAUGUAACCCCCUUCUCAUUCUUUCUCUCUGUCUCUCUUCCUCUCUUUCUCUCUGUCGUGAAACCGCAUCGGCCGUGUGUAUAUCUCGCCUCGAUUACACCAGAACGGUUGAGCGUCGCCGAGCGAGCGGUCCCAACGUCUGCAGCGCACUUGCUCUUCGUCGUCCUCCUCGUCGAGGCUGUGUCUACGUUGUCGCGCCUGCUCCGCCGAUCAAAUCUGCUGCUGUACACCCUGGAUAUCUCGUGAAUUUUCUUAUUGGAGUUUUAUCGGAGGGCAGGAAGGAUCUAUCGUCUCGUCCGGGUCAAUUGAUGGAUUUUGGAUCGUAGCCACCGUGAAGUGUCUUUCUGGUGCUGUGUCACGAUACUCUGUGAACGAAACUUCUAAUGGACGUUGGGUGUUGGAAGUUUUGGAGCGACUGGAUUCGUAGAUCUUCAGACAGAGGACGGAAUCGAGAAGUUAAGUGAUGCGAAGGAGGACGGUUAACCGGGUACUAGAAAUUGAAAGCUUUCCCGUGGAAAAGGAAGGAAAGCUCGAACGACUGCAAGAGAGAAAGCAGACGUUUCGUGCUGAUUAGCGGGAGAUUCCAUUCGGCUCGUUCGUGCGUGAGUAAUUAAUCAAUUAAUCGUUCCCGUGGGACGAAACAGAGUCGAAAUGAUUUCCUUGACGGAACUGGUUUAAGUGGUUCGCAUUAGCAUCUCCGACUCGCUACUGUUACCGAAUACAAUUCCGCUUAUAACGAGUCGAGAGGAGAUUAAUGUUCUCAUCGCGCGACGCAAGAUUGAAAUUCGUCGUGCAAAUGAAAACGUUCAAGGUGUCGUUCGCCCGUGAACUGAUAAAGCGAUACGUGCACUUACGACCGAUUAAGAUAAAAGAAGUAACUCGUGACUCUUGAGAGAAAAAAAAAGUAAAGAAGAGAACAAACGACGUUUAUAUUCUUGCGUUUGGAGCUCACGUUUGCGAGGCUGUCGGCAAUGAAUCCAAUCGAUUCGUGAUCAAUUAAAGAGAGUCGAAAAUCGAUCUGGCCCAGUGAACCAAAAAGAAAUAAAAUAAAAAAAGAAAAACAGAACUUUCGAGUGAAAGUACUCUUGGAUGAUCGUUGGGUGCCGUUGCAUUUCGUGCGUUUUAAUUACCCGACCGUAUUCGUGAUUAAUUAAGACCAACGAAACGAUCUUGGCCGGCUGGAAGAAUCGUGAAGAAUGUCGGCGAUCGAAUACGUGCAGAGUUCCGGUGCAAAAACCGAUUCGUGAUCUACUAAUCUAGUCACAUUGACUUUAAGAUUACCUCUCGCGAAACUAGUGGCCCGAAACGGGGACAGCCUUUUCGUUCGCGAGCCGAGGAUCUCGUUUAUCGCUCGCGAUCUGACGAACAAACCUCGACGUAAACACAAUAUUAUGAUAAUAUUAUCUGACUCCGAUAAGAUUCGCAGUGAGCGAAAUCUCGAGGUUGACUCUCAGACUCGAAUCGACUGGCAACGAUUUCCGAUAAACGUUCAAUUACGCUCCGAGCACGGUGGUCGUAGAGCAACGUGUCUUUCCGAUCGUUGAUACCGUUCUAGGAAAAAAAUCGGCUAUAGUCGAAACUAGAAACGAAUGGUCCGGCAAAAGUGGAGCAUUUCUACCUCGACGCGAAUGCAAAGUGUUGCUGUUAAUAACGUGCUACGUCAGUGGUGCUUAGUGGCUGGUGGAAAAUCAUCGAUGAUCGUUCUUUGUUAGUGAAAGAUCACCGAUUUGAGGAAGUGCUUGUUAUGGAUAUCUGCACAGCUGUCGAACGGAAAUACUUUCUCGAGUGGAAUUACGUGGAUGGCAUCCGAGCAAGCAUUUUCAAACUCUUGCAGGAGGUGAAGGGAGGAUGAAGAAUGCCCCGCGUCGGUGGAGACGGGGGUGGAGGACCGGAGAAGGCAGGGGGAAGCGGAUUUGGAGGAUGGCUCGGGGGUGCAGCAAGAGCCAUGACUGGAGGAAAUGUCGGCGGUGGAUACGUGGUUCUUGGUGGCACCAGAUACGGUCUCAGACUUUCCCAGGAGAGCCUGCCACCAUCGAACUCACGGGAAGAGUCCCAGGAGAGACGACGAAAGAGGAGUUCACGAGAGAGCGACUCUCGGGAGAGACUGACGGAGAGGUAUCCGGAAAAUGCAGCACUAGAACUGAGCUCGAGCAUCGCCGACUGCUGCUGCAUAGGUCCACGUUCGCGUUUGCCAUUGCCGAGGAUCCCGCCAGGGUCGACAGGGUCGAGCACGACGACGACGACGUCGUCGUCGUCGACGUACGGUGCCGGCGGAGGAGGAGGUGUAGGUGGAGUUGGAGGUGGCGGUGGAGGAGUAGGUGGACAGGCUCCUUUUCCUGGGCCUCCCACGUCUUCGAACAGCCGCGUUGUCGGCGUGGAACAGCCGGUGACGCUGACGACGCCAACGACGUCGGCGCAACCGUUGGUGAACUCUAAUAAUAACCGAGGGAUGCUGCAAACAUCGUCGGUGGGGAACAGCACUGGCCAGCACCAUCAAGCACAAUCGUCCGCAGCUCUAACGGCGGCGGUACCGUCGUCUUCGUCGCCAUCCUCUUCGACGUCGUUCAACGUAUCCACCGCCGUGCCGACGCUGCAGUCCGUCUCGGUGCCGCGGCAGCUAGCACAGUGGACCAAGCAUCAGACGCUGAAGCUGCAGGAACCAGCAGUGAUAGCGGUGGACCGUUUGCACAGGUUCCGGUGGAGCGGGGGCGGAGGAGGAAGUGGCAAGAAGUCCUCUUCCGGCCCCCGGAGCGAUAAGGCCGAGCGCCUUCGAGAGCUCACUGAAAAACUCAAGGGACCAGCACCGGUACCACCACCCAGAAGACCUUCCAGAAUUCAAGCAUCCUCUCCACCACCGAGUGGGUAUCAACCACCUUCGCAGAAUCACCCACAGACAACGAAUCAAGGGUGCGGUCGUUGCGAUGGUCGACCUUCCUCCCGAAGCUACACGUACAGCGAGGGCAGUGGUCACAGUCCCAGCAAUCAGCACCCUCAGCAACAGCACCACCUGAAGACGAUUGGCCGAAGUGACAGUGUGGGUGACGAGUGUUUGAGUGAGCCGGGUAACAACGAUGCGUGCAGGAAGCCGUGUGCCGACUCGAGGAAAUCCUCGCGGUCGGCUAAGCAACAAGAUAGGAACAGUGGUGACGUAAGUGACAUCAAACACGAGCUGAACGUAAGUGCGGACGCGACGAAACACCUCAGACAGUACAGUGAUUCCGUGGUGGAUAGUGGUACGUGUGUGGACGACUUGUGUGACAAUUUGAACGCUACUUCCGGAGCCGGAAGCGAGGCUGAAGCCAGAGACGCGGUCACCAAAUUGGAACCAAGAGGACCUCUUCUUACUUUUCACAGAGGUGGGGCUCCAUUCAGAAGCGCUUCCUUCGGCCAGGUGGAUUUCAAUCAAGUCAAUCGACAGAAGGCACAACCAAUAGCCACGUCGAAUCGCAACGAGAGCAAGGAUGUCAGGGCGAGCACGUUGCCCAGGAGACGAGGAGACGUCAGUCCAGUCGUCUCGACGCCGCAAAAUAGUCCCAAUCGUCAAAGUCCGCGAACGUCGACGCCCAGCGUCGACAGUGCUGUCGGCUCGGCGGAAGGACUGGGCGUACCUCAAACCGGAAACGUCGAGGAGAUCCGACCGCGAAGCGAUGGUUCCGACAGUCUGGCGACUUCCAGUGCUCUCACGAGCCCAGAACCACCGGUUCCUGAGAUCAACGAGCCGAGAGUUGAUCUGGUGCAAGCUGACGUGUCUCCGAACGAGAUGGUUAUGUCCGAGCCUGUUUUCCCGCUCGUGGAAAACUCGUCCAUCGAGGAAACCGCGCAAAAAGAAAACAGAAUGGAGCCACACGAAGUGAUAAUAACACCACCACCUGAGGAGCCACGACUUAGCCAAACGAUGGAGGGUAGCGAGACAGCGAGCGAAGCACCCUCGGAGUCAUCCUCUCCGUCGGGUAAAACGCGAAGGUAUCGUGGCGAUACCAGCAAAAGAAGAAAGGGUGUGUACAUAACUCAAUGGCCGGAGCCAUUGGACAGCGACCGGAACAAGCUGUCAGCUCAGAGCAGCGAGGAAAGAGACGAGCCACCUGCAACGCCCAGCGACCUCUCUGACUGCGAGGGCCACACGCCUAGAAGAUACAGCAAAAGACCAUUACGCGGUCCUUACGGACAAAUGCUCGAGGCUGAAAUGGCGAAACCGCGAACCACUGACAUCGCUCUCGAGGAAGGUCUUCGUCCGCGUAGAAAAGUUUCCGCGAACCUCUCGUACAACACAAGUUCGAAUAAUAGCAAUUCGGAACCGCCCACGCCCUGCCAUCAUAGAACCACUUCCAGCCCGAGCAAACUCGAAGGUCUUCCGGGACCAAGUCCGGAACUCCUUGCUGAACUACUUCGAGGAUCUUCAGAGAGGGUGGCUCGUGCACCGGCGCAUCGAAACGACACAAGGACUCACGUUGUUGUGGAACUUUAUGACACCGAGCGAUCGUACGUGGAAGCGCUGCAAAUACUAGUCAAUAAAUACCUUCAACCAUUAAAGAGUCCCGAAAAUGCUGGUUUGGUGGACUCAGCGACAGUGGAUGAAAUCUUCUAUCAGAUUCCUUCUAUUCUUAAUCAUCACGAAGUGUUUCUGGAAGAACUACGCAAAAGACUCGAUACUUGGGAACUUAAGCAGACGAUUGGCGACGUAUUCCUCGAUGUAUUCACGAAGCCAGUCGUCCUGGAGACGUACACCCUUUUCCUUGAUAAUUGGAAAUCCGCAAAGAAAGCGAUAAAAACGACCUGCCAAGCGAAACCGGCUUUCGCACGAUUCCUCGAGACAAUGGAGCGGGAGCACAAAGGAAAACUCGGGCUGGAUCAGUUAUUGAUCAAACCGGUACAGAAGAUACCUCGUUACGAGCUGCUGAUCCAGAGGCUGCUGAAGCAUACCGAUACCACGCAUCCGGAUUUCGAAUUACUUCAAGCCGCUCAAAAGGAAGUUCACGAGCUGGUAGUGAAGAUCAAUUGCACGGAAAGGGAGUCCCUCGAAUGGGAACAACAGCAGACUACUUUGAAGGAGGUCCAGGCACUUGUCGAAGGACUUGCUGGUAUCGUGACAAACGACAGAACGUUUGUCCGCCACGAUCUGGUCACCAUCGCCUCGAAUCAAGGAACGAGAAAGGAACGAGCGCUGUUUUUGUUCUCCGAUUUGUUGGUCAUCACCAGUAUCAAAAGAAGAAGCGGAACCAUUAGAAAACCAUCGACAAGUUCCUGCCCGAAUAGUCUGGUCGGCCUAUUGGAAGCGAACAAGUACAAAAUGUUAAUGAGAAUACCGCUGGACGACUUAGAAGUAAUGAAAGCCAAAGAUGAGAACUUGAGGCGAAUGGCGCGCGAGGUAGACCAUCUUCGCGAGGACUGCGCGACGUUGACUCAGCUUCAGGAGCUGGUGUCAACGUUGCACGGCGCGAAGCAGCAAUUAGAGGAUCUUAUCAAAGAUAUGCUUGGCCAGGCACAGCGUCAACUAGCCGAGAGGAACGCGGCUCAUUCGCAGUUGGCCUGUCUGGAAUUAACGCUUAAUACUCAGGCAGGGAUCGAGAAUAUCUCCGUCAUGUUCACGAAGCCGGAUAAAAGGGCCAGCUGGGAGGAGAGUUUCAACGAAGCCAAGCAAAAGUUAGCGUUGUCCGCUGAUAGGAGGCCCUGCCCCGAAUUUGUGGGACCUCUGCCGAUACGAAAGACCCGGGCUGGCUUGCAGUUCACCUGCGCUGCACCCACCUUGGCCAACGGGCAAGGCUCCAGGGACGUGUGGGUGUGCAACAGCGAUGGCUACGUGGGUCAGGUGUGCGUGUUGAGCCUGACCCCGGAACCACCGCAGGUUACAUCUUGUAAUGGGGUCUGCAACGCGAGAAUUCUGUGCGUCGCUGGAAUUCCGGCAUGCACGCAGAGAUCAAAUUCGUGCGUGACUAACAACAUUUCAUUCGCGAACAGUAAGAGCGGCAUAAGCAUCUCGGUCCAGGAUGUCGAUGCCAGUGGCGGGAACAUACAGUUAGAUAGUAGCUCGAGCUCCGACGACUCGGACUCGGACGACAUUCCAUGUGCAGAUACGGGUAGCCUAACUUUGACCGGCGAUGUUCCGAGUAUUGAUAGUGUCACUACAGAAGAGGAUGUCAAUCAGCCAACCAUGUGGUUAGGUACCGAAGACGGAUGCGUACACGUUUACAAUUGCAAUGAUAAUAUCAGGAUAAAGAAAAAUAAAGUGAAGAUACAGCACAAUAGUAGUGUGCAUUGUAUAAUAUACUUGGACAAUAAAGUAUUCGUGUCACUUGCCAAUGGAGACAUCACCGUCUACACUCGAGACCAUUUGGGUGGUUGGAACACACCCGAUCCAACAACUGUAUCAAUCGGUACAGCGGCAUCUCCAGUAACGAAGAUGCUUCCGGUGUCAGGGAAACUUUGGUGCAGCUGUCACAAUUCCGUGAAAAUUCUGAACACUCAUUCGUUGGACAUCGAGCACACGUUCGCUGUCAGCAAUGACACGUCCUUAUCGGUUUCCUGUAUGGCGAGUUCCGGCGGUCUGGGAGUCUGGAUUUCUUUGCACAACAGCGCCGUGUUGCGGCUCUUUCAUUCUGGUAGCUACGAAUGCUUGACGGACAUCAAUAUAGCACCGGCUGUUACCAAAAUGCUUACCACAGGUUGCGAUGACAUAAUAAGACAACACAAGGCUGCCUGUCUCAGGGUUACCGCACUUUUGGCUUGCAACGAGUUGCUUUGGAUCGGCACGAGCGCUGGGGUACUAUUAACCGUGCCAAUUCCCCAUAUAAAGCCAUCCACACAGAGGAUGUCUCAGCCGCCGAUCGUAACUGGUAUUCCUCAUGGACACACUGGACACGUUCGUUUCCUCACAUGCGUGGAAACGAUGGCACCAUCGAAGCCAGAUCCACGUCCAAAGGUGAACAGAUACUCUCUGAAAUCCAGUAAAACCCAGCAGAACAAUAUCAAUCGUGGAAAGCUGCUGGUGAUAUCGGGAGGAGACGGUUACGAGGAUUUCAGAGGACCCCAGGCAUCCGCCGAGCUGCAGGCUGGUCGCGAGGAUUCGACCAACCAUCUGCUGCUUUGGAAAGUGUGAUGUGAUCUAGUACGGCCCUCGGUAAGGGCCGCAUUUCACGCACGUCGGCAUGAGACGCCGUGGGGAUCGUUGUCGCGUGUGCAAUUCACACGUGGUCGGGUCCGUCAUCGUCCGAUCGUGGCUGUUCAGGACGUAUUCGCCCGACGAUUUUUCAGGGAACGUGGAAAGGUUCUCUGGCUCGUAUUGGCCGAGUUGAUCAAGACCAGGAUAAGGGAGGUCCGUUAGCAACGAGACGUAAAGAAACACGGUUUCCAAAUGAUCAUGAAACCGAAUUAAAUAUAACUCUCAUAGAUCAUUAACAGUGAUCAUGAUCAAAGCUCAGGAGAAUAGCUUGAAGUGAUUUGUUCGACGUUGGUUGGAUCUGACUGUGUGAAACGGUUCACUGAAAUCAAACAACCCCUUCGUUUGUUGCAACUUUAAUAAACUACAAAUUUAAUGACUGCUGCUGCUGAUUGAUUUCAGGUAAUCGCUUUCAGGGGAGUUUGUUUGUACUUUUCCAUAUAUCGAAUGAAAUAGAAGGGAAACGAAUGAUUUUUUUUAUGGAUUUUGAUCGCGCGUGUCCUGUUAAUUUCUCGCACGAGGAAGGGAAAUGUUGAAGAGACAACGUAUACCCGCGUUGUUUCGAGAAUUCGGUUUACGUACUUGUUGGGAUGAUACAUAAAACAAUGAAAUGUUACGAAACAGGAUACCUGGAAGAGCGUUGAAUCGAGCUUACACAUACACAGACACACGAGGUGACACUGGCCUAAAAUAAUUUACACGCUAAAGAAAAGGGAACUAAUCGAGUUAAUGUGCCAAAACGAAUUUAUCAUUGUCCACCGAUCGACGUUUGCGCGCUCGCGAGAGCCGUGUACGUUUGUUAGUCGUUUCAUUACUAAACGCAAAACUGAAUGUGUUCGUGUUUAAUCGUAGAUGAAAUUCCAUCGAGUUUCUUGAACGCUGCACGCGUCAAUAUCAUACGUAUCGGAUACGAAUAUCACAGCACCUUUUUGGAAUUGAGAUUUCUCUAAUUGUAUAUCAUUACAGUUUCUGAUCCAUAGACUUGUUCAUUCUCCCUUCGUGUGAAGGAAAGAAAGGGGCAAUGAUUAAAUCAGAUUUACUCUUGUUGUAUAGAAGACCAAAAUGACGAAGUUUUCGAUAAAGUUUCUCGUCUCUUCUCCUCCUUUUGUUCUUUUCUUUUGCUAAAAAGUAUUGUUGCAAGGGAACGAAAAGAAGUCAGAGAAUUUUUAACCCUUUCGAAUAGGCAGUGAAAAUCAUUUGAUAGCAAGUGAUUAUAGAUACUAGUUAUAGUGAAAGGGUUGAAAUUUUGUUGCAAUGUUUAUCUUGUAUGCAUCUGUAUUCAUGGUACAAAAUUCGAGAGGCCAAUUCGUUCUAGCUUCCCCGUUUCAGGGUAUUUCUGUAUAGAUCUUAAGCUGUUUAUAUCUCUCGGGUGUUCUAUUCGCUUCAAACACGAGCGACUGGGUCUGACUUUUUUACAACUUCUAUCGCGUCGUGGUUGUAUCGACCAUCGCGUAAUCAACAUACAGCGUAUUUGACAAUAAUUAAUCGAUAUCGAUUCUUCCAAUAGUCCUAUACACGAGACCAAGUAUCAUGGAUUCGUAUCGAUCUCUUGAUCGAUCGAGACCGAUACACCUCGUUCCUCUGAUCCUGAAAAUGAUUUUCUUCGCACAAAAAGUCUUUGCAUCCAUUUCAAUGUCUCACGACGAUGUGAUCGUCGAAGUUUUAUUACGAUUCCUUUCAACUAGGACCGAGGACUCUUUACAGCUUCGGACACCUCUUCCUAGAUGUCUAAUUUGUUAUUUAAAACAUUAGUUCUUUUCUUUUCUUUUUACUGAACGAAGCAGAUUAGACGUUGAAAAUGUACCUUGAGGUAUUUGAUAUUGUUGGGUGGAAUUAUGUAGAUCUAGAAGAAAAUGAAAUACACAAGAGAGAAGAUAUAAUUUAAAAUAUUAUAUCAAUAAUGGUGGUAAUAUUUUAUUGAUAGAGCCGGUAAUUAUAAAACAGUAGUCUUUUCGAUUUUCCUUUCAUUUAACCGGCUCAGAUUGAAAAAUGAUCAUCAACAUCAUUUCCCAAUUUAACUUGGCCACAGAAUUCUUUUAAAUUUCUGUGGUAUGAACUUAAAUCAAGAUGCGCCGAUUCAAGAGUGAUUACGAUAUCAAAUCAUUUAUUUAUUUCUAUGGAAAUACUGAUCUAGGGAAACACUAUCUAUGUGUACACGAUAUCGACAUACCUAUACGUGUGAUAAAUCGCUGUUCACAAGCCUAAAGCUCGAGAUCAAGAUAGAAUCUGUCGCUAAUGAAAUCGUGGUCCACGUACGGGGCUUAUAUUUUGUUUAUCGGUGUGAAUUUCUAUUAUUGUAGCGAGACGUGUGUACCUUUAACGUGUGCGAUCGUUUGAUUGCGUAUGAAAGAGAAAAGAUAGACGAAUUCACAAGAAACAAUGAGAGAGAGAGAUUAAUUAGAUACGUGUGAUGAGUUCUGCCUUCGACGUACGUCUUUCACGGAUAAUUGUUGGUUUAUUUGUAACGCAACGUGUAAUUAUAUCGUUGCUACAUCAAUGAGUGAAUGUGUAAAGAUUUAUGAGGAUGAAAUUCCGUAAAAUGAACAAUCAACAGCUUAACAGGAAAAGAAAUUCAAUGAGCUGUUCAAAAUGUAUCCUUUCGAUGCAAGACUCUCAAUUUCUUUUUUGCAUAAAAGAGCGCUAGAAUGAUGAACAGAAACAGAAUAUUAUUUAUUGUAGUUACUUAAGGUACGAAUGCAUCUGUGGUAUAUUUCUAGUGUGCAAUAAAAGGUGUCGUGUAUUCAGCAACGAUCGCGUCCGUAAGUUAUUAUUAAUGUUAUAAGUGUCUAGAGGCAAAGAGAUACGUAAUUGCGUAAAAAUAUAUUUGUAUUAUAUGUA